UCAAGGUUUAGGGUUCUUCGCAGAGAGUUGCGGCGUAGCGAUGGUCGCGAAGAACAAGAGCAAGCCCUUGGCGGCAGGCGGCGAGCUGGAAAUCCAAUCGGGCGGCCUUCCACGGCGCCUGGCAUCGGUCGACAAGAAGGUACGCGAUCGCGCAGUGGAGCUCCUGGCGAGCUGGUUAGAAUGCCGGACUUCCGUGGACGAAGCCGACCUGAGGAAGAUCUGGAAGGGGCUUUUCUACUGCUACUGGCACGCAGACAAGGCGAUUGUCCAGGCAGAUCUUGCGGAGCGCCUCGCAUCGCUUAUACAGCGCCUUCCGAGCGAAUUAGCACUCCAGUUCUUUGAGGGGUAUUUGGGCACAAUGCGGAGAGAAUGGGGCGGGAUAGACCAUUUGAGGAUGGACAAGUUCUAUCUUCUCCAGCGGAAGUUCGUGAGUUCUAUGUUCAUGGCACUCAGGCAGCAGAGAUGGGACAAGGAGAUUGUCCAGCGCUACAUGGACGCUUUGAAAAAUCGGGCUUUUCUCUCCAACGAUCUCUUCCCGGCCCAGGGGUGUAGUAUGCAUCUGGCGGACAUUUUCUUGGAGCAACUUGAUGGUGUUCUUCCGGAGGAGAAAGAAGUUCUCGGCAUUCUUCUGGAGCCUUUCUAUGCAACUCUUGCGCUUGGUCCGGACAAGAAUGUGCUGAAGCGCGUCAAAGAAGGAGUUUUUGAUCGUCUUUUGGAGGCUGCGAGGGAGAGUGUCAAGUCCGAGAACAAGUUGGCCGAGUUCGUGACCAGUCUGCCAAUGGAAAAGAGGCUUUUCGAGCUCGCAGCUUCAGCGGACACUCUACAGGGAAAUCGCAAGGUGCUGUACGCUCUCUCCGAGGACUUUAAGAAGAUCAAAAGGAGUUUGGACCUGAAAGCUCUGGCGACUGCAGCUGCUGCUACGUCCAAGAUGGAAAAACCAGCCAGCAUUGCGGCACCAACUAGUGCCAAGAUCUCCAAGAUGGAAAAAUCAGCCAGCAGUGCGGCACCAGCUAGUGCCGAGGUGAAAAGUCCAGAGGCUACCGUGAAACAGGAUGACCCGGUGGUCUCCAACUUGGAGAAGAAGUUCGAGGUUGCUGUGGAGGAAAAUGGCGAUGGUGGUGCUUCAGUCCCUCCUCUGGAGAUGGUUCUCUCUCCUCUCAUCGGGGAAAAACCGAAGAAGAAGAAGAAGAACGCGGAGACUAAGGCGAUUGUUCUUCCGGACGAGACCCCGAUGGUCUCAUCUGCUGCUGCUCCGGAGGAGCUCGGAUCUCCAGCAGGCUCCAAGAAGAUAAACAGGAAAGCGCCAGUUUCUCCGCUCCACACCGCCAGCAAGAAGAGAAAGAGCUCCAAGGACGACGAUUCUCCAGCGGUGGCCGAGAGCAACACCGACGCGGGCGAGACGAGCACCGGCAAGAAGGCGAAGAAAGUGAGGUUCUCGCUCAAGAGCAACACUACGUGGAAGUUUGGCAAGCCUUUCAGGAUGACUCCUCUGGCCUUGGAUUCCACUCCAAAGGCCAGCGCUCUGAAGCAGGGGCUCUUGCCAGGGCCGAUCUCUCACGUCUCGCCAAGGAUGUUCUCGCCAAGGAAGUUCUCGCCAAAGAGGAAGAACACUCCAUCGCCAUCGCCAAAGCAAAGGAGGGGCGGAAAGGCCACGCCAGGGCCAAAGAGAUCCUCGCCAAAGAAGAAAGCUCUACGAUGGUAAGAAAAACAAAUUCUGGGUGAAAUUAUUUGACCAACGAUGGUAAGAAAAAACGGGGUGAAAUUCUUUCCAACAAUGGUAAGAAAAAAUGGCGUGAAAUGAAAUUCUUUGUUGCUGGACCAUGCGUA